UAUUCUGACGUCACGGCGACUGGUUGGGUGCUUUCUUUGUUUCCGGUUUCUUCCAGGCGGCUGGUCUGUAGUGAAGAUGGCGUACCGCGGACAGGGCCCAAAAGUGCAGAAAGUGAUGGUCCAGCCCAUCAAUCUGAUCUUCAGGUAUCUACAGAAUAGAUCUCGGAUCCAAGUGUGGCUGUAUGAGCAGGUGAACAUGCGUAUUGAAGGCUGCAUCAUCGGAUUUGAUGAGUACAUGAAUCUUGUUUUGGACGAUGCUGAGGAAAUCCACAUGAAGACAAAGUCACGGAAACAGCUUGGUCGUAUUAUGCUUAAAGGAGACAACAUUACUUUGCUACAAAGUGUUGUAAUUUAACCCCAUAAAGUUUCAAGUUUUUUUUGGACAUUAAAAAAAAAAAAAAACGACCCUAAGUUUGACGCUCCUGAGCAACCUGAUGCAAAGUUGAUGUGAACUGUUCCGCUUUGUGAUUUUUCAUGAAGUCUAGUAUUGCCGGUGUACCCUUAGUGUUUUUUUUUUUUU